AAGAUCUUUUAUGGAUAGUGAUGGAGAUGGAGUCGGUGAUCUUAAUGGUAUAACAUCCAAAUUGGAAUAUUUGAAAGAACUCGGAGUAGGAGCGACAUGGUUGUCCCCGAUGUUCAAGUCACCGAUGUAUGAUUUUGGUUACGAUAUUUCUGAUUUUUAUGAUGUCCACGACGAGUAUGGAACUAUGGAAGAUUUUGACAACUUAAUGGCAAAAGCUAAGGAAUUGGAUAUCAAAAUUGUACUUGAUUUUGUACCGAAUCAUGGAAGUAACGAGAGCGUUUG